AUGUUCAAACUUGCCCUCGUCGGCCUGCUCGGUGCUGCUGCCGUCCAGGCAGUUCCCAACACUGUCCCUGAACUCGAUGUGAUUGCCACAUCCUCUCUCGAGGAGCGAGCUUCCACUUGCACCUUCUCCGGCGCCAGCGGUGCCGCCUCCGCGAUCAAGUCCAAGACUUCUUGCUCGACCAUCGUCUUGUCUUCCGUCGCUGUUCCCGCUGGUACUACUCUCGAUCUGACCGGAUUGAAGCAGGGAACCACUGUCAUCUUCGAGGGAGAGACCACCUUCGGCUACAAGGAAUGGGACGGUCCCCUGGUCUCCGUCUCCGGAACUGACAUUACCGUCAAGGGUGCUUCUGGUGCCAUCCUCAAUGGAGAUGGUGCGCGCUGGUGGGAUGGCAAGGGAACCAACGGCGGCAAGACCAAGCCAAAGUUCUUCGCUGCCCACAAGAUGAUCAACUCCAAGAUCCAGAGCAUUCACAUCAAGAACUCCCCCGUCCAGGUCUUCAGCAUCAACAAUGCAAAUGGCCUUACUGUGGAUGGAAUCACUGUUGACAACGCCGACGGUGAUAGCAAGGGUGGCCACAACACCGAUGCUUUCGACAUCGGUUCCAGCACCGGUGUCUACAUCACCAACCCCGUGGUUCACAACCAGGAUGAUUGCUUGGCUGUCAACUCUGGCACUGACAUCUCCUUCACCGGAGCCCAGUGCACUGGUGGCCACGGUAUCUCCAUCGGCUCCGUCGGUGGACGCUCUGACAAUGCCGUUGAGAAGGUCAACAUCGAGAACUGCACCAUCAAGAACUCCCAGAACGGUGUCCGUGUCAAGACUGUCUACGGCGCGACUGGCUCGGUCAAGGGCGUCACCUACAAGGACAUCACCCUCUCCGGAAUCUCCAAGUACGGUAUUGUCAUUGAGCAGGACUACAAGAACGGCAGCCCCACUGGUACUCCCACCAACGGCGUCCCCAUCACCGGCCUGACCCUGAGCAACGUCAAGGGAACCGUUAGCAGCAGUGCCACCGAUGUCUACAUCCUGUGUGCCUCUGGCGCUUGCUCUGGCUGGACCUGGAACGGUGUCAGCGUCACCGGUGGCAAGGCCAGCACCAAGUGCAAGAACAUCCCUGGCAACGCCAAGUGCUAA